AUGGCGUCGUUUGAGUGCAAUAUAGCAUGGAGUGUUAUUCUACCUGUUCUCUUCUUCAUCUCAUCGCAUUCACGAAGCUGGGUCCUCGGAGCUCCUCGAGUCCCGUGUUACUUCAUAUUCGGAGACUCGCUCGUCGAUAAUGGGAACAACAACAAUCUCGAGACUCAGGCCAAAGCGAAUUAUCCUCCUUUUGGGAUUGACUUUCCCGACGGUGCGACCGGAAGGUUCACCAACGGCCGCACGUCCGUCGACAUCAUUGCCGGACUUCUGGGGUUUGACAAAUACAUUCAACCCUUUGCUACUGCAAAAGGCAGCGAGAUACUCAUCGGUGUGAAUUAUGCAUCCGCGGGGACGGGGGCGGGGGCAUUCGAGAUGAAACAGGACAGCAACUGCUUGAACCAUCAAUUGCGAAACCAUUUAGUCACGAUCUUACGCGUAAGAGAAAUGCUAGGAUUAAAUGCUACGGCAUACUUAAACAAAUGCAUAUACACAGUAGGAAUGGGAAGCAACGAUUACAUCAACAACUACUUCAUGCUAGACGAAUACCAGACAAUAAGCUUUACACGCUUGAGCAAUUUGUACUAA